AUGUCUGCAGGAAAUGCCUUCGUGGUGAGUCUUGCUCUGGCUGACUUGGUAGUCGCCCUCUAUCCCUACCCGCUGGUGUUGACCGCCAUAUUCCACGAUGGCUGGAUCGCCGGCUACAUCCACUGUCAGAUCAGCGGCUUCCUUAUGGGCCUCAGCGUCAUCGGCUCCAUCUUCAACAUCACGGGCAUAGCCAUCAACCGCUACUGCUACAUCUGCCACAGCCUUAAAUACGACAAACUCUUCUCCAACAGCAACACGAUGUGUUACGUUGUGCUCGUCUGGGCGCUCACCAUCAUCGCCAUCGUGCCCAACUGGUUUGUGGAGUCGCUGCAGUACGACCCGCGGGUGUACUCCUGCACCUUCGCCCAGUCAGUGAGUUCGCUCUACACCAUCACGGUAGUGGUGGUGCACUUCAUUCUGCCAAUCAGCAUCGUGACCUACUGCUACCUGCGCAUCUGGAUCCUGGUCAUCCAGGUGAGGCGGAGGGUGAAGCCUGACUCGCGGCCAAAGAUCAAACCACACGACCUCCGCAACUUCCUCACCAUGUUUGUGGUGUUUGUGCUUUUCGCCGUCUGCUGGGCGCCACUGAACCUGAUUGGCCUGGCAGUGGCACUGGACUCGAGGCUGAGCCAGGCGAUACCUGAGUGGCUCUUCACAGCUAGCUACUUCAUGGCGUACUUCAACAGCUGCCUCAACGCCGUCGUCUAUGGCGUCCUGAACCACAACUUCAGGAAGGAGUACAAGAGGAUCGUCCUGAUCAUCUUCAAGUUUCACUGCUGAGACGAUUUGCUCACGGGGUAGGCUUGGGGAAAGGUCAUUUUAACUUUUGAGAAAAGAACAGGCUGCUAUGAAGGGAUGAAAGAAGAGGAUUCUGACCUUAACAGGAGAGAAAGACAAAAGGGGAAGGAAAAUAUUUGAGAAAGAAGAGACACCUUUUUGUAUGCAAGAGGGAAAUGGAAGAACUCAAAUAGCUGGUGGAAAGGAGGGUGGAUAAGAUGUGAAAUAAAUGAUGCCACACUGAGAGCUAUCAGUGAUGCCUUCAGGGAACUAGAGAGACUUCAGAAGAACAGCGAAUCUCCUAACUUAGUAACGUGUUUUAUCAUAACU